AAAAGCGCCGCGAGUUGCUAACAGGCGCCGCCGCCGGUCUACCUUUUGGCAGGGCGAGAAGCGGUCCGACCCGGCGGAGCGCAGUGGACAUGAGCAGCCCCGAUGCUGGAUACGCCAGCAGCGACGACCAGGCUCCGGGACCAGGCCCCUGUUCGCUCCCUCCGCUCAUGAUGCAGUGCCAGUGGGCAGAGUCGCUGAGCCCGCUGGCGGACGGCAAGGGCAAAGGCGAGGCUGCGCCCGAUCCAGCGCAGCAGGGCGCCCCGGGCCGGGCCAAGGGCGAAGCCCGCAUCCGCCGCCCCAUGAACGCCUUCAUGGUGUGGGCCAAGGACGAGCGCAAGCGGCUGGCGCAGCAGAACCCGGACCUGCACAACGCUGAGCUGAGCAAGAUGCUGGGACAGUCGUGGCGGGCGCUGUCGCUGGCAGAGAAGCGCCCCUUCGUGGACGAGGCGGAGCGGCUGCGCCUACAGCACAUGCGCGACCACCCCAACUACAAGUACCGGCCGCGGCGUAGGAAGCAGGUGAAGCGCCUCAAACGCGGCGACGGCAGCACGGCCGACGGAGGGGGCGGCUUCCUCCCGCCGCCGCAACACCCGCUAGGCCUGCCCGUCGAGCCUGGAGUCGGCGGCGGCUGCGACGGCCUGGGUCUGCCCUACCCCGAGCAGCAGUCCUUCGCCGGCGGGAGCUUCCACUACCGGGACUGCGCGCCGCUCCCGCUGCCUGCGCUGGGGGCCCCCUUCGGAAGCUACAACCUGCCCACGCCGGAGCCCGACUCGCAGAGCGGCGCCUGCGCGGAACCCGCCUUCUUCCCGCCCCCGGAGGACGGCGGCUGCCUGCUGGGCCCCUACGGCUACCCCACGCCACCCAGCGCCGAGUACCCCUGCGGCAGCGCCCCCGCUGGCAGCACCGGCGCCGCCCUCUUUCGCAGCCGCUUCCCGCCGCCUCUGGCCGCCUUCCCGCCCUCCUCGCCAGCUCAGGAUCCCGCGCAGCAGCAGCAGCCGCCUUGCAGACGCGGGGACGCCGCCGCCCUGGAGCACAUCCCUCCACACGACGUGGAGCUGCUGGCCGACAUGGACCGAGCCGAGUUCGAGCAGUACCUGCCCUUCGGCUGCCGGCCGGCGGAGCUGGGACUGGCCUACGCGGCCCACGAGGCGCCCGAGGGCAACCCCGCGGCCGCUUACUACUGCGCAGCCGCCGGCGGAGGCGGCGCCUACCCGGAGCUGUGAGGAGGCUUCUGCGGACCGCCGAGGGCUCCUUCGGUGCUAUUUAUUGUAAUUUAUUGACUGGCCGUCGGCAGAGGCCGCCGAGGACUUUUCCUGAAGGGGAGUGGAGCGGGGGCGGAGGGGCCUGCCUUCUGCAACUCCGCUGAAGGGGGGAAAAAUCUCUCAGGUGUUCAGAGACUGUCGAUCUGCCCUCGACUGACAGCUUUGAAGCGCAGACAGUAGAUCGACUCUUUUGAACCGCCUGCUUUUUAUACAAAUGUGUGUGGGGUGGGGUGGUAGGAUGUAGAGAAUGAUUUUGGACUUAAUGUUGUCAGUACCCCGGUAAAGUUUGACAUGGAAGGAACUGGCCAAUAAAA